AUGGCACCAUCACCCCUCUGCUACUUCCAUCCUUCUUCCCUGAUUCAAAGACCCAAAAAAAGAAAAGAACACCAUCUCAGCUCACCGGCCUCUUCUUCCAUGCAAUUCUUACCUUCUCUGUUUCUUCUCUGUUUUCUCCUCCUCUUCUUCAGAGCCAAAUCCGAUGAACUUCAAAUACUGCUAAACCUUAAAACUUCACUUCAAAAAUCAAACAGCAAUGUGUUUGAUUCUUGGGAUUCAAACAAACCCUUUUGUGAAUUCUUAGGAAUCACCUGUAAUUCAGAUAAAUCAGUAAAAGAAAUCGAGCUUUCGAAACAGAACUUAGCUGGGGUCCUUCCUCUUGAGUCAAUAUGCCAGCUCCAAUCUUUGGAUAAGCUUUCUUUUGGCUACAAUUUCUUGCAUGGUACCAUCACAAAUGACUUGAACAACUGCUCAAAGUUAUUAUAUCUCGAUCUUGGCAACAAUUUUUUCACCGGGCCAUUCCCUGAUAUAUCAUCUCUCAGUCAAUUACAGCACCUGUAUUUGAACCAGAGCGGGUUUCGUGGUGGUUUCCCAUGGAAAUCACUGCAAAACAUGACGGGUCUCGUCACUCUAAGUGUAGGGGACAAUCCAUUUGAUCGAGCUACGUUUCCAAAUGAAGUUGUCAAGCUAUCAAAACUGAAUUGGCUUUACUUGACGAGCUGCAGCAUCGAAGGCACAAUUCCUGAAGAAAUUGGAAACCUUACUGAGCUCAUAAACUUGGAACUUUCUAACAAUUAUCUAUCCGGUGAGAUUCCUUCACAGAUAGUUAAGCUACGAAAUCUCUGGCAGCUAGAGAUCUUCAACAACAGCUUGACCGGAAAGUUGCCGGUAUGGUUCAGAAACUUGACGAAGCUGGAAAAUUUCGAUGCGUCUGCGAACCAUUUAGAAGGUGAUUUGUCUGAAUUGAGAUUUUUGACCAAUCUGGUCUCUCUGCAGCUAUUUGAGAACGAGCUUUCUGGUGAAAUUCCAGCCGAGUUUGGUGAAUUCAAGAAACUUGUGAAUGUUUCGUUGUACCAGAACCAGUUAACAGGUUCUCUUCCUCCAAAGAUUGGUUCUUGGACUAAUUUCGGUUUUAUUGAUGUGUCCGAGAAUCAUUUGACCGGGCCAAUUCCGCCGGAUAUGUGCAAGAAGGGGACUAUGACUAGGCUACUCAUGCUUCAAAACAACUUGACUGGCGAAAUUCCUUCUAGCUAUGCAAACUGUACUACGUUAGUGAGGUUUAGAGUCAACAAAAACCAGCUUUCUGGCAAGGUUCCUGCUGGAAUUUGGGGAUUGCCCAUAGCGAAUAUAAUUGAUAUCGAGAUGAAUCAAUUUGAAGGUCCAGUGACGUCUGAUAUUGGAAACGCUAAAGCUCUCAGUCAGUUAUUGCUUGGAAACAAUCGCUUAUCUGGUGAAUUACCAGAGGAGAUUUCCAAAGCUACAUCAUUGGUUACAAUCAAGUUAAAUGACAAUCUGUUUUCGGGCAAAAUUCCGGAGAAAAUUGGUGAAUUGAAGCACCUGGGCAGUCUUCAUUUGGAAAACAAUAUGUUAUCUGGUACAAUACCGGAUUCAUUAGGCUCUUGUUAUUCUCUCACUGACAUGAACAUGGCUCAUAAUUCGCUUUCUGGUGGAGUUCCAUCCACUUUGGGGCAUCUACCAACUUUGAAUUCUCUGAAUUUGUCGCAGAAUGAGAUUUCGGGUCAUAUUCCUGGAAGCUUGUCAUCUUUAAGACUAAGUCUUCUUGAUCUAUCCCACAAUAGAUUAUCAGGUCCCAUACCUCAAUCUUUAUCAAUUGAAGCUUACAAUGGUAGCUUCACCGGAAAUACUGGUCUCUGUAGCCAGACAAUCAGCUACUUUCAAAGAUGCUCCCCUAAAUCCGGUGUCUCCAAGGAUGUCCGCACACUCAUCCUUUGCUUUGCUGUGGGUUCAAUGAUUUUGCUUGCUUCACUUGCGUGGUUCUUCCACUUAAAGAGGAGAGAAAAGUAUCAUGGCCGCUCGUUGAGGGAAGAGUCUUGGGACUUAAAGUCCUUCCAUGUUUUAACAUUCACCGAGGAUGAGAUUCUUGAUUCUAUUAAACAAGAGAAUCUGAUAGGAAAAGGAGGGUCUGGCCACGUGUACAAAGUAGCCCUCGCCAACGGCAAAGAACUAGCAGUGAAGCAUAUUUGGACUACAAACUCUACUAGCCUUAAAAAGAGCAGGAGCACUACACCAAUUUUAGGCAAAGACACAGGAAAAUCUAAAGAAUUUGAUGCAGAGGUGGAGACCUUGAGUUCAAUUAGGCAUGUCAAUGUGGUGAAGUUAUAUUGCAGUAUUACCAGUGAGGACUCAAGCCUGUUGGUGUACGAGUAUAUGCCUAAUGGGAGCUUAUGGGACCGGCUGCAUACAUCAGGGAAAAUGGAGCUUGAUUGGCAGAUCAGAUACGAGAUUGCUGUGGGGGCAGCUAAGGGUUUGGAGUAUCUGCAUCAUGGGUGUGAUAGACCGGUGAUUCACCGGGAUGUGAAAUCUAGUAACAUUUUAUUGGAUGAGUUCUGCAAGCCUAGAAUUGCUGAUUUUGGACUUGCUAAGAUGGUUCAAGCCAAUGGUGGCAAGGACUCCACCCAAGUCAUAGCUGGAACCCAUGGUUAUAUAGCUCCUGAAUAUGGGUACACACACAAAGUGAAUGAGAAGAGUGAUGUGUAUAGCUAUGGGGUGGUGUUAUUGGAGUUGGUGAGUGGAAAGAGGCCAAUAGAGCCAGAGUUUGGAGAUAACAAAGACAUAGUAGAUUGGGUCAGCAGCAAAUUGAAGACUAAAGAGAGUGUGUUAAGUAUAGUGGACUCAAGAGUUCCAGAAGCUUUGAAGGAAGAUGCUGUCAAAGUACUAAGAAUUGCAGUUCUCUGCACUGCAAGGCUUCCAACAAAGAGACCUACCAUGAGAAGUGUAGUCCAAAUGCUAGAAGAAGCCGAACCGUGCAAGCUGGUGAGCCUUGUCGUUAGUAAAGAUGGUGCCAUCAACAAGAGAAAGGAAGUGAUAGAAACAGAGAAGUUCAACCCGGAUCAAUAA